UGAGCAUAAAUAAUAGGAAAGAAGUCUAAAGUCUGUUUGAAAUAUAUACAAUUAAAAAUAAAAAGGACAUUUAUAUACAUAUAUAUAUAUAUAAUGUAUUAUUUUAGAAAUAUCUUUAUAAAAGUGAAACCGAAAGUUUCCACCAUCAUUCACUUUUUUUCUUUAUUUUUGGGCGUUGUAUUUCCUCUGAACUUGAACGGCAAACAAAAUGACUUGGCCACUGUUCUCGAAACCAGAGUAACUGGAACUCCAGGGGUACAUAAGUGUGAGAUUCCAAUCUUAACCUUUUCCUGUUUCAACCUUUAGUCUGCUAUUGUCUCGAAUCCUUGCGGACUAAGUAAAGGUUAUUCCAGUAAUUUCAGCUGUCUUUAUACCUCUUGACCGACCAACUUUUCCUUCUUGAUACAUAUACAUGUAUCCCAAAUUUGUUCAAUCUUCAAUGCCCAAAUAUUUCGGUGUUAGUGGUUUUUUUUUUUUUUUUUUUCUGAUUGUGUUUGCUUCUAAUGGAGAGAGGAAGUAAUGGCUAUGGCAGAGGGAGAGGAGGAAUUGGUGGAGGAUAUGCCAGUGGCAACGGCCGAGGUGGCGGUGGUAGAGGAAGAGGUUUUGGUCAUCAACAACAACAGCAUCAUUAUCAGCAUCAGCAGCAACGUCGUGAGCACAGCCUGCGAUGGACGAGUGGUUCCAGUGGCAGCGUUCACCAACAGUAUGGGCAUGUUCAGCAUCAGAAUCAGAACCAGCAGCAACAGAGCGGUUCUUGGAGGUGGCGAAGUGGAGAUCCGAUGACCCAAGUAGAGGCUGCGCGCUCUCCAAUCGAUUCAAGGGCCGCUGGUGGGGGAGGUGGUGGCCAUGGUAGAGGAAGAAGUAGGAAUCCUGCAGCUACCCCUGCUCCGGUGAUUCAGUGCCAGACACCUUCUUCCUCCCCUGCAAAUUCAGACAAAGUUAUUCCAGCAAAAGAACCUGAUUCAGACAAAAUUGUACCAGUGAAACGCUCUGACAAGAGUGGCAGGAAUGCCAUACGAACUGCAACACUUCUUGUGAAUUAUUUUCCUGUCAAUUAUAGUCCAGAGAAUAUAAGGCACUAUGAUAUCGAUGUCAAGCUGGAGAUGCCUCCUAAGAAUGAUCUUUCUAUGAUUAGGAACCAAUUAUCAUCUGACUAUCUAUAUUUAAAUUCCAACACAGUUCGUGAAUCUCCUCCUGUAACAAACAAGUCAUCAACAUAUAGAGAAACAAUCAAUUUUUCAUCAUUUGAACCUGACUUCAUGUGCAAAGUAGGCUCAUUCUCACUUCUUUUAAAUCCUUUUCCAACAAGCAUUGACCUUGGUCCUAAAGACCCAUUUCACUCCAAUGGCCUUUUUGCCUUGGGAUUGCAUCUUUCAUAUUCAUCAGUCAAGGGUCUUGUACCUCGAACAUCGGACAGAGGUCUUAUAGCUCAGACACUUCUCUCGGAUGCAUCAAUGAAGGGUCUUGUACCUCGAAUGCUUAUCUCGGAUGCAUCAGUCAGAGGUCUUGUACCUUGGAUGCUUAUCUCGAAUGCCUCAGUCAAAGGUCUUGUACCUCGGAUGCUUAUCUCGGAUGCCUCAGUCAGAGGUCUUGUACCUCGGAUGCUUUUCUCAUAUACAUCGGUCAAGGAUCUUUUCCCUUUGUCAAUGACUGCUUAUGAUGGUAGGAAGAAUAUAUUCAGUGCAGUGGAAUUGCCAACUGACUCAUCAUUCAAAGUGGAGGUUUCUAAGGGUGAAGAUACAAUUGUACAUUCUUACAUAAUUACGUUAAAGCUUGUAAAUGAGCUCGGGCUGUCCAAGUUGUACGAUUAUUUAAGCGGAUCCAUCCCGUCGAUCCCUCAUGACGUACUGCGAGGGAUGGAUUUGGUAAUGAAGGAGAAUCCAACCAGGAAUAUGAUUUCAUAUGGGAGGAAGUUUUAUCGCACUGAACAUGAUCCUCAAGACGACCUUGGAUGUGGAAUUGUAGCAUUUCGAGGCUUUCAGCAUAGCCUAAAGCCCACCCGCCAAGGUUUGGCCUUGUGUCUUAACUGCUCGGUUCGAGCAUUUUGUAAGCAUAUGCCAAUUAUAGAUUUUCUCAAUGAACAUAUUAGAGGUUUUGAUAUAAAUGAUUUUUGGAAGUUUAGGAGAGAAGUUGAAAAAAUGUUGAGCGGUUUGAAAGUUUAUGUGUCUCAUCGUAGAACCAUACAAAAGUAUACCAUAAGGGGUUUGACCAAAGACGUCACAAGAGAUUGUGAACUUGAUGUUCAAGACCCAGAUGGUCGGAAUCCACCAAAGAAAAUUGGACUUGUUGAUUAUUUAAGGGAUAGAUAUAACAAGGAUAUUAAAUACAAAGGCGUUCCCUGCUUGGAUUUAGGAAAAUACGGUGAUGUACCAAUGGAGUUGUGUGAACUUGCCGAGGGUCAAAGGUAUCAUAAUUACCAUUUGGAUAGAAAUGUAUUGAAAAACAUUUCAUUGCCUUUGCCAAAGGAUAGAGGGAACAUGGUCUGCAACAUGGUACGAUCGGAAAUUGGACCUUUCGGUGGAGAUAUCAAUCGAAAUUUUGGUUUUGAAGUCAACAUAAAUAUGACAACAGUAACUGGGCGCAUACUUAAGCCGCCUGAAUUGAAGCUAGGUUCUCCUAAUGGCGAGAUAACAAUAACAGUUGACAAUGAGAAAUGUCAGUGGAACCUUGUCGGGAAGUCAGUAGUGGAGGGAAAACCAAUUCGGAGGUGGGCUAUACUAGACUUUACGGAUUCUUAUCCACGAUUCAAACUAUACCCUGCUCAAUUUGUUCCAAAAUUUAUCAUUAAUCGCUGCAAAAGCUUGGGUAUUGAAAUGGACAAGCCUCUCUUUUGUAAACGCACUUCAAUGGAUAUUUUCUCUCGUCUUGAUUCCCUUCGUAAACUACUUGAAAGCAUCAGCGAACAGGCUUGUCAGUUGAAAAAAGGUGAUUUACAACUCCUUCUUUGUGUAUUGACGCGAAACCAUUGUGGUUACAAUUAUCUCAAGUGGAUCUCUGAAACCAAGAUUGGAAUCAUGACGCAAUGUUGUUUGUCUAGAAACGCAAUCAGGGCACAUGAUCAGUAUUUAGCCAAUCUUGGUAUCAAGAUCAAUGCCAAGCUUGGAGGCAGCAAUGUAGAGUUAAGUGAUGGUCUUCCUCUCCUUGAGGGUGCUGGCCAUACCAUGUUUCUGGGUGCUGAUGUCAAUCAUCCUGGCUCUCGGACCACAACUAUCCUAUCAAUAGCAGCUGUUGUUGGCUCUAUGAAUUGGCCUGCCGCAAAUCGUUAUGCUGCAAGAAUUCGACCGCAAGAAAACGGAUGUGAAAAGAUUCUGCAUUUUGGGGAUAUGUGUUGGGAGCUUGUUGAAACUUAUGAACGACAAAAUAAAGUCAAGCCAGAGAAGAUUAUUGUCUUUCGAUAUGCAGUUAAUGAGGGCCAAUUUGAUAUGGUUCUCUAUGAAGAGUUAUUGGACCUGGAAAGGGUAACCAGAGGCGGCUACUGUCCUACCAUAACAAUUAUUGUUGCUCAGAAGCGCCAACAAACUCGAUUGUUUCCGAGAAGUAAACAGGAUGGAAGUUCCAGCGGCAACGUGUCCCCAGGAACAGUUGUGGACACAACAAUUGUGGACCCAUUUGGGUAUAACUUCUAUCUUUGCAGUCAGCAUGGGAGCCUUCGUACAAGCAAGCCUACUCACUACCGUGUACUGUGGGAUGAUCACAAUUUUACUUCUGAUCAGCUGCAGAAACUCAUAUAUGAUAUGUGCUUCACUAUGGCUCGUUGCACGAAACCUGUGUCGUUGGUCCCACCGGUAUACAAUGCUGGUCUUGCUGCUUAUAGAGGGCAACUCUAUCAUGAAGCGGCGAUGAUGGAAGGACAGUCUCCAACAGCAGCAGCUUCAAUGGGGGUCUUCAAAUUGCAUCCUCGCCUGGAAAAUGAAAUGUUUUUCAUUUGACAGGCCCAUAGCAUGGAAACUGUCAUCUUCAUCUUUGUGUAAAAGUGAAGAAGAUUUGUCAAAAACAUGCGCUUGGAUGCAGAUCUAACCUCCUUUUCUAUAGUUUAGUGAAGGAGUUUGUGCGUGAAUCUAUUGGUUGUUUUUUGCAUCGACAAGUAAUGGUUUGACAAUUUCAUCAGCGGAUUUACCAAGGAAAGGUUUGUCAUCAUUGUCAUCUUCUUCGUCUUUGUGUGAAAACGAGGAGUACUGUUACAGGUUCUAUGUCCUUACCUACAGUCUAGUAAAGUAGUUUGCGAGUUAUUCAGUCUUUAAUUGCUGUUUGGUGUCAACAUAUUAUAUUUGUUAAUUUGGUACCUUAUCUAGGCCUUACCGGUUGGAAAAUAUUUUGCUUUUGUUGGAUGUGUGUUUGAAGGUUGUUUGUUUAUUGGACGUUGUGUUUUAUGUUUUAUUUUCUGAAAUGGUUUGAUUGUUUGUACUUUGCUAUUUUAAAUUCCACAUCUUCUAUGAACUCGAUGGUUUUAAUUUUUUGCCCUGUUUUCCUUUAUUAUUACUUUCACCAUUUAACUAUUUUCCGCAAUAUAUUUUAACGUAACUCUUGCAUUAUUUUAUUUUUUUGAGUGUGUGAAUCGACGUAGCUUCCAUUGUGCAUGAUAGGACAGAGGGGAAGAUACUAAAUACCAUGAAACACGACAUUUGUCCAAGCAACGAAUUGUUUUGAAAUCAAUAUUGUAAAUUGAUUUGAAAUAA